AUGAAGGCGUUCAUCGUAUUUUCUAUGGCGCUGGCCAUCGUUUGCGUAGCGGCAGUCGACGAGUCCAAGAAGGAAAAGCGAGGACUGUGGGACCUCGAGGAUAGUUCAUUGGAAGGCCACACUCCGCUAAUUACCAAAAAGGAAAUCAUCACGAAGAAGAUCCCGGUUCCGUACCCGGUGGAAGUGGAAAAGCACGUCCCCGUGGAAGUGAAGGUCCCGUAUCCGGUUGAGGUGGAAAAGAAGGUCCCAGUUAUUGUGGAGAAGAAGGUCCCGGUGUACAUCGAGAAGAAGGUCCCAGUCCACGUGGAUCGUCCGUAUCCAGUUCCGGUCAAGGUUCCUGUUGAGGUCCCGGUCUACAAGAAAGAGUAUGUCGAAGUCCCGAAACCGUAUGCAGUUCAUGUCGACAAGCCUUACCCAGUUUACGUGAAACAGCCCGUGUACGUCGAGAAGCAGGUCCCAGUGACAGUGCACAUCAAGGAACACCACAAGAAGUCACUCUGGGGCUGA